AUGGCUGACAUCACGAAUGACCGCCUGGAGCGCCUCAAGCAAAACCUGCUGAAGCUCAACUACAAGAAGCACAAGAAACGUGUUGGCGAGGCGCGCAUCCAUCUGACGCAGUACCUCGCCCAUGCGCUGCCUAUGGCCAGCCAGCGGUUCCUGCUGGCUCCGAUUUAUCGCAGCUGCGUGGCUUCCCAGAGCGGUAACAUGACCCUUUAUAACAUGCUGAGGAUUUCGCAUCCAACGCCACUCAAAAUUUUGAUAGGCCUCCACGAAUCGGUGGGCUUUAAAAAAUUGUGGAGUUUAGCUAGGGUCCACACGCUAUCCGGUGCAAUAUACCCGGGCGUGUUGAUUGGUUCCAGGGUGUGGCUCGGCAACUCAUACUCGAACGCCAAUGACACUUUCAGUUACGCCUACAUGCGCACGGUUAUGUUGUGCAGCUUUGCGCACCUUUUUAGUUACCCCUUCGACGUCGCCUACGGAAGGUUUGCGUCCACUCUGGCAGGAGAAGUCUCAGUACGUACAUAUCUGCGUGAAACUAUUUCGAAGUAUGGGCUUGCGCGGCUCUACAGCGGUUACACUAUCUGUGCUGCCUCGACAUCGGUGCACCUGAUGAUUGCGUUGCCACUGAACAACCACCUUCAUGGAAAGUUGAAGGAGAGGUUGAGUCUGCAGAUUGAGCGCAACCCGGCAUACAACUCUACCAUCCGUCCCCUAAAGCCCAGAGGUAUGGAUAACUCUUUUAUGAUUCUUCUAGAGCUUAAACCGAUUGAAAUGUAUCCAUGGAAUGUAAUCUUCGGCUCUUUCGCCGCUUUUAUCGCACGCACAGCCACCUACCCGCUGGACACGAUGAGACUUGGCAUCACAACGGACGGACACGAUGGAAUCAUCUAG